GUGAGCGCCCCCUUAACUAGUUAGCGCUAGUGUUGUUGUACGCAACGAACGUCUCUCGGAUUUCUCGUCUCGUUCUCGUCGCGAUCUCGUCGCGAUCUCAGUUGUUCUAUCGCGUAAAAACCUGAGGGAGAUGAAUCGCCAUCCGAGCAGCGACAAGAGUCGCAGUGAACCGCUGGUCGAAUUAGAGAGUCAAUUUAUUAUGCGGUUGCCACUGGAACCCGCCAAAGUGCUGAGGGAAGCCUUACGCAGCAGCCUGCCGUUGAAAGACAGGCUGACUAUAAAACUGGAGAACGAUCUGCGUUACGGUGAGGUUAGGAUUGACCACUGGUUGCUCCAUGCCAAGGUUGUUGACCUGCCGACGAUAGUGGAGUCCUUAAAGACCAUUGAUAACAAGAGUUUUUAUAAAACUGCCGACAUGUGCCAGAUGCUGAUAUGUAAAGAGGAGGACGAUCACACCGCAACGGACGAGGAGUCUCCCGUCAAGCAGAAGAAGAAGGAUCCAAACAAGGUUGACAAGAAGUUCCUUUGGCCCCAUGGCAUAACGCCGCCCACUAAGAACGUGAGACGCAGGAGAUUUAGGAAAACCUUGAAGAAGAAGUACGUAGAGGCGCCUGAGAUCGAGAAGGAGGUCAAACGUCUGUUGCGAGUGGACAACGACGCCGUUAACGUCAAGUGGGAAGUGAUAUGCGAGGAUGAGGAUACGUCGAAGCCCAGCAAGGUGUCGUCGUCCGGUACAGUCAAGACGAAACGGGACAGCAUGAAUGGAAACACGUCGCAAAGUCUGGACGUCGCUGAACACGAUAUAUUCGGCGAGCCCGUGAGCGACAGCGAGGACGAUGACGAGGAGGCGAAUAUAAACGUGAUGGAGCUGGACGAGAACAGUCGUUCGGCGGACAGUAGGGUCUCGGACUCCAAUUCGAUGCAGGCCGCGUACUCGAGGUCGAGUAACAACGCGACGACGAGCAGCGGGCUGGUCACCGAGUUCAGCAAGGAUAUGUUCCAAAACGAUAACAACGACGAUACCGAGGCCGAGAAGCAGCAGGGUGAUGAGCCCACUCCACCAAAAGUCCCGAAAUUGGAACAAUUUCACUCGGAAUAUAUGAUUCCAGAUAAUUACACGGAAUCGAUAAUCGCACCCACAUCGGUAUCCGCGUCCAAAGAUUCGCGUCUCGCUACACUCCACACGGAACUGGCGGAGUUACGGCAGAGACGGCAGCAACAGGAGAUCGAAAUAGCCAAUAUCGAAAACGUGAAACUGAGGCAACGCUUCCAGGAGAUCUUGGAUAAUUUGUUGACGCAAGAAAUGCAGAAAGUGCAAGAGAUACAAGAUCUGGAAAUGGAAUAGAAAGUGCAGUGCGAGUCUCACACGUUAUAUAUAAAAAAGACAAUUUAAUAUACAUAUAAAUCAAGUUAUUUUCCUUUUUUCAGCAAAACAAAUUUUUUAUAUAAACAAUUCAAUGAUCACACGGUGCAAUUAUCUUGUACAUACCGUUGUAUAAAAUUAACAUCUGAAAAAAAACUUAUCACAUUUGUUUCCAACGCUUAUUAACGGCACACUUUGUAAUAUACAAAUCCUGAAUAAAGCAAGGAGAAGCAAGUUAA